CUUGUUGAUAUGGCCGUCGUCGAGGAGUUCGAUUAUCUGUGCCGUUUGUGCGCGACCAAAACUGGCAUCCUGAUGGGAUUGCCGAUUUUCGAGGCCGGCGAACAAAUGCGCAACAUCGACAAGAAGAUAGCAGCUUGUCUGCCGGUUCAGGUGUCAUUGACAGAUCAGUUACCCAAAGUAGUUUGCGAAGAAUGUGCGUUUAAAUUAGAUCAGCUGUUUGAUUUUCGUGAAAAAUGUCUACAUACAGAAGGAAUGUUUAUGGAAAUGUUGAAAGAAAUUAAAGACGAAGCUGUGCAUAUAUCAGAGCAUCAUUUGGCAAGAGUGAAUAAUAUAGGCACUGUUCGGAGAAACUUGAACAACAUACAGAUUAAUAACGAAAAUGUACAAAGUCAUUCAGCUAUACCUCAUGAGACUGUGGAACCCACCAUGCAUACAAUGCAAGUAAUAGAUGAAAUGGAUUUAGCUGGUGGCGAACAAGUGGUUACUCAGGAAGAGAUAGGGCAACAAGACACUGACAUUCAAGUGGCGGGCAUUGACUGUUUAGAUGGCGAUACUGUAAGAAUGGUCGAUGAACAUAUACGAGAAGUUUCAAACCAUCAGAUUGCAAUGCAUUUGGAGAGUGAUAUGACUGUAGUGGGAAAUUUGGAUGGUCAUUUGAGUCAGUUAGGCAUAAAUUAUGUUACUUCUAUCAGUCCUGAAGAUCAAACACAAGAACAGAUAGUGCAUUAUUGUGAAAAUGUAAAAUAUGAGGCAGAACCAAUAAAACAGGAAUAUCGUAGAUUACAAAAUAGAUUAACUACAGAAGAUUCGCAACAUGUACUUGAAAAUAAUGUAUCGACGGAUAAUUUUGGCUCUUCUCAAACUAACGCAGAAGCCGAGAUAGAAGAAUCUUGUAUGAACGAAAAUGAAAUUCGCGAACAUGUUGAUUCAAAAUUCGUAAAUGCUUUACCAUCUACAAGUCAGAUAAAUGACAUAUCUUGCGAAAUAAUGGUUAAAUACACAAAGGAAUCGAAGCACGCGUUGCUAGAAUCUGCGCUCAAUAAUCCUACCAUGGACGAAACUGGUUCUCAUUGGUAUAUGUGCCCCUUCUGCAACGAAGCAACUUUAGAAACAACCAGUCUAGCCACACAUUUCGAGCAACAUUUCUGUCGCUGUUGCUGCGAUUCAUAUUUUACCAGCGUCGAGAUGUUAAAUUUACAUAAGGAGCAGUGUAUUGUAUAUAAAGAUAAACUAGUCGAUAAGAAAAAGAAAGACAUACAAUUGAACAUAGCGACACCGUCGCGAGAGAAAAGUGGCAAUCAAGAAGAGCAAAAGAAACAAUCACCGACAGCGAAACGAAAAUGGACCGCGAAAACAUGCGACGAAUGCGGCAAGCAGUACAGAACGAAUUAUAAACUGCAAGAGCACAUGCGCAAGCAUACGGGCGAGAAACCGUUUCAAUGCACGACAUGCGAGAAGGCAUUUCGCAGCAAAAUUGGUCUUGCACAGCACACGGCCACGCAUACGGGUCAAUUUGACUACAAUUGUUCCACUUGCGGUAAGGGAUUCCAGUGUAAGAGCUAUCUCAUUGUACAUCAAAGAGUGCACUCGGACGAGAAGCCGUAUCCAUGCAAUACAUGUGGCCAGAACUUCAAAACGAAGCAAUCAUUAUUAGACCACGAGAACCGUCAUCUCGGCGUGAAGCCAUACAUGUGCGAGAUCUGCGGCCGUGGUUUCAUCACCAAAGGCCUGUGCAAAAGUCAUCAGAAGAUACACUCGGGCACAGACAAUCGCCAAUAUCCGUGCGCAGUGUGCAACAAGAUGUUUGUCAGCAAAAGUUACCUCAAUACGCAUCUACGCAUUCACACAGGUGAGAAGCCGUAUCUAUGCGAGGUGUGCGGAAAAGGAUUCCUGACACGAGUUGAUCUCAAGAUUCAUUCGACCAUGCAUACCGGCGAAAAGAGCUUCAAAUGCGAAAUGUGUGGAAAGGUGUUUGCCCGACGUGCGGCGCUACGCUGUCAUCGACGAUCGCAUACGGGUGAACGUCCUUACAGAUGCGAUGUUUGCAAUAAAACAUUCACACAGUUCAGUCCGAUGGCUAUUCACAAGCGUUUGCACACUGGUGAACGGCCGUACAAAUGCGACGCGUGUGGCAAAGGCUUUGUGUCCAGGUCAACCAUGAUGUGCCACAGAAAGAAGCAUCACGAUACAACGACCGCCGUGCAAAAGGAUGUGCCUACAAACGAAGACGGGGAGAUCAAAAUCAUUCUCUCGUCCGAUAUCAUGGUCAGAGAUUCACACGACGGAAUUCAAAUCAGCGUAGAUUGAAGAAGUUGCAAAGAUGACAUACGAAUUUCGCGAGAAUCCGCGAUAAGGUGCAAAGUUCCGGAGUGCUAAGGAAAUUUCAUCCGCAUUUGUUACAUAACAAACUGCUUUCGUCUCACCAUAGUGUAUUCUCUCUACCAAUGUAUAUUCAAAAACUUUAUAUAAAACUAUUUUUACAAGAAACAGAGUUCUGUAUGAAAAAGCUAUUAGAAGUUAAAUUGGAUUAUUGAUGCGACACAUAUGAUUUUACAUGUUCUCUACAACUGUAUCAUUUUUUAAAUUCUUUUUGAAGCAACAUAUUGUAAUUUCAGAUAAUGUAAAUAUAAAUCUUUUAUAUCAAUUUUUCUGUAUUGUUUUUUAAUACAUUGUAAAAGUCUAACAAUUGUUUUUCGAAUAACUAGGAUAAACAA